AUGACGUUCUCAGUAACUCCACUAACCACCCAUAAGCUAACACCGCCACCACAAGACGACGAUGGAAAAUGCGAACUCAUUGGUACAUUUUCACUCCUCACACAGGCGUUUCUCGGGCUCAUUUGCCUAUCUAGUCUUAUAGUCAAGCGGUUCUACGAGUACCCCAUACGACGAACAUGGCCAGUAUGGAGCUUUGACGUGAGCAAGCAACUUAUUGGUGCGUUGGGCGUGCAUGUGUUUAAUGUUAUUUUAUCGGUGCUCAAAACAGCACCGGGGUUGGUGUUGCUAAUACGUGGUGGUGAUGAGAAGCCGAGUUACGGAGAUGAUGACCCGGAUAAAGAUGACCCGUGUGAUUGGUAUUUCUUGAAUAUUGUGUUUGAUUGUACUAUUGGAGUUUACAUCCUAUAUUUAGUGUUCAGGGGAGUCAAUUAUGUGUGUAAGCGAAUGUUUCACAUUACUCAGAUUGAGAGUGGUGAGUAUGGUGAUGUGAACAAUCCAAGUUGGAGAGCAUUUAGCAAACAGUUGGCGAUUUAUUUCACAAGUUUGAUGAUUACAAAGUUUAUCUUGUAUGGAUUAGUGGAGAUUUUUGAGCGGGAGUUGCUUUGGAUCACAUCCCAUAUUUUGCUUCGUUGGUUGGACGAGUAUCCUGACGAAGUUGAGAUUUUCAUUGUUAUGUUUAUCAUACCCAUUAUCAUGAAUUGUUUGCAGUUGAUCCUUAUUGAUAAUUUUAUCCGUAACCAAGUCUGGUUUGAGAGUAAUAAAUUGAUUCGGUUCAAGUAUCCUAAUUUUGACGAGGAGACUGCCAGCACUCGACAACGGGAGAUUGAUGAGGUGUUGAACACUGAACGGGAGGAGAUUGAACUGGGGGGUAAUCCUCAUGCAAGGAGUGGCCACCAUAAGCACUAUGGAUCGACUUCUAGUGAAUAA